AGUGGCCAGUUGGGACGUGAAGCAAAUCAACAAGAAAGCGAAGAAGGAAGGACUCGGAGGCAGAACAUGGAAUCUCUAGCCGUCGGUAGUGGCGGUGACGAUCUGUCGUCGAGCUUAAAUCCUUCUUCGGCGGUUUCCCAGUGGAGCUUCGCCGUUUCUCGUCAGUACCAACAUCUGCUAGACAAGUCGACCCCUCACGUCCUCAGGCGUUGGAUUGCAUUCGCUUUCAUCGUCGUCAUCUACGUCAUCCGUGUGUUGUUCAUCCAAGGAUUCUACAUCGUCUCCUACGGUCUCGGUAUCUAUAUCCUCAAUCUCCUCAUCGCUUUCCUCUCCCCUCAGGUUGACCCUGAAAUUGAAGAACUCACCGAUGGCCCCGGCCUUCCCACCAGAGGCUCCGAUGAGUUCCGCCCUUUCGUUCGCCGCCUUCCUGAGUUUAAGUUCUGGUAUUCCAUAACAAAAGCCUUCUGCAUUGCUUUUGUGAUGACAUUUUUCAUUGUGUUUGAUGUGCCUGUGUUUUGGCCGAUACUGCUCUUCUACUGGUUUAUGCUGUUCACCCUCACAAUGAAGAGACAGAUACUGCACAUGAUCAAAUACAGAUAUGUUCCCUUCACAUCUGGCAAGCAGCGCUACACUGGAAAGAGAUCUGUUUCAGCUGAUGAUCUGAGCCUUCCUAAAGAUUGAAACUUCUGGUGGGUUGAACCAUUGGAUGUGGAUAAUUAUCAUGCACAGUUGACCACUUUGUUAUUUAUGAACUUCUAACAGCUGGAGCUCUACGGGAGUCAUAGGAGCAACAGCUGUCUCAAAAUCUCUCUUUUCACUCCAUCUGAAUUUUUUGCGAUUAUCGUCAGGUAAGCACUGAAAGCCUGUUAGCCAAAGAUGCAGGUUGUGGAGGACAAAUUGCUCCUAUAUGUUCUUUUAUUUGUUUUGCUGCAAGAGAUUUUUGAAUGCUAUUAUACCUUAGGAGCAUCAACAACAGAGAAUGCUAUUCGAAUGAUACUUUGCAAUGAUGAAUAGAAUUUACCGAUGAA